AUGUAGUAUCAGUCUGCGGAGGCAGCAGACAGUGAGAGUAGUUUCUAACAGUGCUGCUGCUGAUUUGAGCUCCGUACAGCAGACUGGACCGCUCUUAUCUCACAUCUGGACGAAAGAAAAACGACGAAGAAAGCAGGAAAAACAACCGGACGUUGAGUUUUAGUCGCUCCGUGAACGGAAAAGCUGCCGCCGGUUGAAACAAAGCAGCUGAAACCAAAUGCGGAUUUCACUUCUCCAAUUGUGUAGGUGGAGGCAUCACCGGCUGUCGCACUGUUGGUGAAAUAAAGCUACAGGGAGGAAACAGGGAGGCUUUAGUGGCGUUUUUUAGUUUGGUAGAACAUCUCGUUUGUGGGUUUUGUUUAUUAAUUUUGUCCACACCGACGAGGGAAGAGGCUGUUUUUUGGAGGGCGGCGAGAUGCUCCACUUGAGCCGCUCCUGAAGCUUCAACAUGGGGGACUGAAGCAGGAUCCCACGUCCGUGAAGACGCCGCCAUGUUGUGUUGAAGUGACAACAUCUGCACCGGCGGCGUCAUGUUAAGCUCUCCAGUGACGAUGCAUGUGCACCCUGGGGAAGAAUGGUACACUCCACUACUGUUCCCCUUUCAGAGGCCGGGGACAUUAACGCCAGUCUCUGCUGCCUCGUUACGGGGCUGCUGAACCUUUCCGAGACGCCGCCGAUGGAGGACGUCUCCAUGGCGAGCGUUUCCCUGGGCUCCCGGUCGCCAGCGGAGCCGCUCACCCCGACGGCAGAAGCCCCGGAGGUCCUGCAAGGCGUCGGCCUGCCUCUGCAGAUCUUCUUCUGCGCCGUCAUGGUCGUCAUCCUGCUGGUGGCUCUGACGGGAAACGUGGUGGUGUGCCUGAUGGUGUACCAGAGGUCUGCCAUGCGCUCGGCCAUCAACAUCCUCCUGGCGAGCCUGGCGUUUGCAGACAUGAUGCUGGCAAUCCUGAACAUGCCCUUCGCUCUGGUUACUGUCGUGACCACCACUUGGAUUUUCGGAGACGUUUUCUGUCGAGUUUCAGCCAUGCUCUUCUGGUUCUUUGUGAUGGAAGGCGUGGCAAUACUGCUUAUAAUAAGCAUAGAUCGUUUUCUUAUUAUUGUCCAGAAGCAAGAUAAGCUGAGCCCGCAGAGAGCUAAAUUGCUCAUAGUAGUCACCUGGGGACUCUCUUUCGUUUUAUCCUUCCCUCUGGCUGUUGGCUCCCCUCCCCUCCAGAUUCCCCCCAGGGCCCCACAGUGUGUAUUUGGCUACAGUAUCGAGCCCGGUUACCACACCUACGUGUUGAUUCUAAUGCUCGUCUUCUUCUUCAUACCGUUCAUGGUCAUGCUGUACACAUUCAUGGGAAUCCUGAACACCAUCCGCCACAACGCCAUCCGCAUCCACAGCCACCCAGAUAGCAUCUGUCUGAGCCAGGCCAGCAAACUGGGCCUGCUGAGCCUCCAGAGGCCCUUCCAGAUGAACAUCGACAUGAGCUUCAAGACCCGUGCCUUCACCACCAUCCUCAUCCUCUUCUCUGUGUUUACAGUGUGCUGGGCACCCUUCACUGCCUACAGCCUGGUAACUACCUUCAGUGACGGGUUCUACCACAAAGACAGCUUUUUUCAAAUUAGCACAUGGGUACUGUGGUUGUGCUACCUCAAGUCAGCCCUCAACCCUCUCAUUUACUACUGGAGGAUCAAGAAGUUCCGCGACGCCUGCCUUGAUCUGAUGCCCAAGUACUUCAAGUUUCUUCCUCAGCUGCCAGGCAACACCAAGAGGCGCAUUCAGCCGAGCGCUGUGUACGUAUGUGGAGAGCAUCGCUCUGUGGUUUAAACAAUAAAAAUCCACUCUUAAACACUGUUAAAAACGCAUCUUUACAUAACGUAUUUCGCAUUACCAGGCCUGUUUUGUUGUUUGGUGGUUAUACUUCUCUUAGCAGGCGUUCAGACUGAAAGUAGCACUGCAUUAAAAAAAGCACAGGUCUGAGUAGGUGUGGGUUACUGCUUCAGAGAAUAGUCUGAAGAUCCAGAACAGAAGGUCCAGUUUGAGUCAGACUUCCACGAGUUUUAAGGCUUGUCAGAUGGGAAAACAUUGCACAGUACCUGUGAUUUUGCACCACAGAAACAGGGCUGAGUGUUGUUAGAAAAUUUUCUGUACUAGUUACAAUAUCAGACCUGGAUUUUGAUACUUAACAGUAGUGUUUUAGAUCCUUAACUGAGUAUUCUAAAUACUCAAUUACAGAUUUUUCGUUUAACUAAAGAAGUCAGAACCAAAUAUGGAAUGUUUGCUAAAAAAUACAGCUAUUCAAGCCAUGUAAUAUUUGCAAAGCUUUAGUGUCAAUCAGUGACUGACUCUGUGAUAAAAUAAUCAGACUUUUGGGAGAGCUUUCACUGACAUUCAGUGUCAGCUUCUGGUGACAGGUUUUGAUAACGAUGCUGCGACACAGAAAACUCAGCAGCAACCACCAGUGCUUUAGAAGCUGAUCAUUUUCUCCUUUAUCUUGGCUUUAGUGUUUUUUUUUAAGCUAAAAUUACACAGUUUUCAUCACAGAAUAAUUUAUCAGUGUUGGCUACAUAUUUGGUAGGCCUGUGCAGUGGAUUGCUAUACAACAGCACACUGCGUUUUGACAAAAGCUGAGUCAGAGCCCUCUGCUUUCAAACCCCCACAGUGUUUUAAUGCAGUGUUAAUGUCAGUCGCACUUCCCACUUUGCACUGCGGUUCAACUACAGUCGGGGAGUGUAUGAAGAUUCUCUAAGAUGUGGGAUAUCCAACAGGUCAAGGACAACUGGACUCACAGUGUGGAGGAUGCUUUUGCAUCUCAUCAAACAGAUGUUCUCACUAUUAACAGCUCAGAUUAGAACCUUGUAUGGAGCCGUACCGUAGACUGUUUAAAAAGAUGAACGACUUGCCAUUUCUUCCUCCUGUUGAAGCCAAAAUGGCGAAAGUGGAUGCAGCCAUCUUGUGCUGGUGACGCCAUUUGCAACCAGAGCCUGCACAGUAGUGCCCAACUGUAAAGCAGCUGUAUUUGUAUAGCAUGAUUUAGAACAACUAGAGUUGACCAAAGUGCUGCAUGAGACAGGCAACAAUCAAAAUAUGAUUUAAAAAAAAGGAAAAACAAAGCAAGGUUGAAAACAGGAUCUCUCAGUAAAACAAAAGAAGCGUAAGAUACUAAAAAGAUGCCAGCGAGAACAGGAUAACAACAUGUAAGACCAAAUUCUGAAACGUAUAUGAAAUAAGCAUAACAACCCAAAUGUGUGCCCAUAUCUCUGUGAUUCUAGCUAGUUAGCAUAUUCAGCUAGGUGGCAUAUUCAGAGAGUGAGCAUUUGCCAAAAUUUCCAUCCCUCUUUCCCCAACCAUGAAUGUGCAGACGACAUGCUGGAAGAAUGUUGUGUGAAUUGGUCUGAGCCACUUUGUUUUCCAUUUACAUUUAGGUUUUUUUUUUUUCAGCUUCACACAAAACAGAUAGCUUGCAGACCUUGAGAUAUUCAUGGAAUUUUACAAAGCUCUAGUAUUAGAAUCACUGACUUCAUCUUUAGGCUGAAUAAUUCUCCAUUUCUAGAUUAAAAAUGAAAUAACUGUUAGUAGCUACUUUAUUACCAUUGACAGUUGUGGUCUUUGCUUGCGAACUGUGACCAUAACCUUAUUUGUACCCUAGAAUAUUAUAAUUGGACAGUUUACAGCACAGCAACUCAUUUAGUACUUUAAAAUAUACAAUGGCAACACAGUUAAAUGACCAACUGAUCAGAAAAAUAAAAAGUAUGUGGCAUCAAAGGGGAAUUAUCUUGGUUUGACUUCUGGAGAGCUGUCAGGUCGUCCGUCUUCGUUCACAUUCUGCGGUUGGAUCUAUACUUACUGAAUCCAUUCUACUCUUGGCUGUUUUUCAAACUUUGCUCAUCUUAUAGACCACAAUGGUUGGGUCCAGUUGUCGUUGGGGCCUGUGAAGAUCCUCAGUCAUUCAAGAGCCACCAAACGACAGGCAGCUGCUCUGGUUGUUUUGUUUCAGGCUAGAAUAGCACACCAAACAACAGGUACAUGUGUCGUUGCCUUAGUACUUGUAGAUAAUCGGCUGUACAUUAUAGAAAAGGUGGAGAACCUCACCUCCGCCCGCUUCAGUAGUAGGGCUGGUUAAUGUGAAGAAAUGUUUGACACCAUUGACGAUUCAAGUCAGGUCUCGGUGUGUAUGCUUCGUUUAGUACCAAAGUUCUCCGUCUUGUCGAAGCACAAGAAUCCAUCCAAGAUUUUUUUUUUGCCUGAGUUCAAUCUAAAAUUCUCACUGAGCUAAUAAUAUUAUGAAAUCAGCCAAAUAUUUUCAUGACUUUAAAUUCGAAACGCAGCCCUACUUAGUAGACCAGAAAACAUUUUCAGCUCCAGCCUUGGAUAAACCUGCUCUGAUGCUAUCAUCACAGCUAUGACUCUCUCUCUCUCUCUCUCUGUCUUUUCAGUCCACAGCACAUGCUUCUCCUCUGAGGGUGACACAAUGUCAUUCGGUGUAGUAAAAGAAAGCCUUUAGGUGAAGUAGUUGUCUGAAGGAAACCAUAAAAGUAAAUGAAAACACUUUGUAACUCCUGAAAUGCACUGAAUGGCACAUACUGUGUGAGAGAAUACUUGCUUAUUGUGCUCAGAAAAAGAAAAAAAAAAAAAGGACAGGCUGGGUUCGACUUGACCUCACGUCUUUUCUUGCCACCGGAGUCGCGAGCUAUUUGGGAGAAGAGGGGAAGACUUAGCUGCGUAGAAAUUUGUUUUACAAGGCAUGUAAAUUAACAGCUUACUACGUGGAAUCUGGUUGUGGUCGGAAAGUGGCCACGACACAUUUGAACGUGUGUAUUUGUAUUUAAAUGUUUUGAUUGUGCCUAUUAAUUAGUCCAUUUGCCAGUCCGAAUGCUGCUAUAUCUGGUGAAAAUGUGCAAUUUCAGUGUACUGUACUGUUGAAUGUAAUAAAGAAAUAGACAUUUCUUACCUUGGUAAA